CUAUAUCUAUAUCUAUAUAUUCUGUAUCUCUCUUUCUGAUGCCCUAGCCAUCAUCAUCAUCACCAUCAUAAUCUGCCGCAAGUCGUCGUCAUCAAUCCGCCUCUAAAAUCAAACUCAUCUAUCUUAAUCAGAUUCACUGCCCUGAUUACGUCACCAUCAACUUAAUUUUUUAGGGUUUUACAAAAAUAUGAAAUAAAAAAAAAAUUUAGGGCUUUCAAUUGAUUCUAAAAUUUCUUUCCGAUCAAAAACGAUAUCCAUUUUUUUUCAAAAAAAUUUUCUUUUUUUAUUUUUUUUAACUAAUAUUUAUAUAAAAUAAUGAUGCGUGGAUUACAGAAAUCAAAAAGGGUUUCAUGGGCUUCAGAUUUAAAUCUUUGUCAGGUAAAGCUUUUUUUAUCGGAUGAAUCUCCUUCCCAAGUAGGUCUGGUCGGACAAGAUCAUCUGCAGGCAAAGGAAUCUUGGCCAUGGCAAUCAGGAGCAGGUUCUGAUGACAAUUUGCCUCCUGGAUUUGAAGGACUUCAACCUGCAAACACAUUGCAGAAUAAAUUGUCUCAAAUACCCAUUGUCCAGUGGAAAUGUCCUUCCCGAUUCGUUCUGGAUCCCACUUGGCAAGUGGCUGCCGGAGAAGAAAGCAAAGAAAUUGAGUUUGAAAAUCAACGUGAGAUGCGAGUGUUCGAAGCAGUUUAUCCACGACCAUCUGCCAUUCCUCCAAACCCCGCAUCACCAAUGAGUGAGCCAUAUUACAAUGAUCAACAUACUCCCGCUAUCCCAAUUACUGCCAUUGAAGAUGAAGACACCCCACCUGAUACAUCAUCUUCUAUGCCACCCCCUACAACGACCAUGCCUUCUAACUCAGCCAAUGGGCUGCCGCCACCUAGCAUUGUUCCUGGUAUCGAACCAGAUGUAAUGAGUGCUGCAUUAUCUGCUCUAACUGCUGCCAUGUCAAACACCACUCAAGUAAACCUAAUCGACCCUAACCUGCUCUUUAAAAUCCUCAGUGACCCGUCUUUAAUUGAGAAACUAGGAUCAAGUCAUGGACCAUCCACAUCUAAUCAACAAAUCUCUCAACCACCACCCAUACCCACAUUGCCGCCAGCCAUAUCUUUAUCCGAGCAGUCACCGCCACUGCCUGUCCAUCCCCGACCAUCCCAUCUCCCAUUUUCAGCACCAUCUUCUUCCUUUGGCACUAGUUAUCCACAGCUAAGCAGAGCGGGACCUGUUCAUGUUCCUGCACCCAUUCCUGUUUCCAUUUCCAAUCUCUCAGCACCUCCGCCACCGACACCAGAGGUAAACCUUCCAGCAAAGAAGGAUCUUAAUUAUUACAAAAGUCUGAUUCAACAGCAUGGUGGAGAAAAACAGGAAUUAGUGAAUACUAAUACGAAUAAUAAUAAUAACAGUAACAAUCAUAAAACACGUGAUAUGAAACCAAAAGUAAUGAAGCCAUGCAUAUAUUAUAACAGCACGAGAGGGUGUCGUAAUGGUUCUAGUUGUGUUUUCCUACAUGAUUCAUCAUCACAACGAGUUAGUAGUAGUAGCAUGCCAGAGGCACAAAGUGCAAAAAGAUUGAAAAUGGAUAGAGAGAUUACUGGUACAUAAUUUGGUCCAUUUUUGAGUAGUGUAUACGUUUCUCAAAGGAUGCAUUUUACUAUCCCUCAUCUUAUCACCAGAAAGAAAUGGGAUCAUUUCUUUUCAUAUUUAUAUCUUUUUUUCUGUUAUUACUUUUAACUUUAUAAAAAUUUUGUUUUAAGUUUCA